AGUGACACCAAUUCAACCUUUCUCACCUGAAUCAUCACUAUCAAAACUAGAGUGAAAAACAACUUCAAUUUUUUACCACUCUGAUACACACCACAAAGUUCCAAAACAAAUACAAAAAAAGAAAGGCGUGAUUUUUAAUGGGUGAGAAAGGUGGCAGCAGUGGUGGCACCACCACAAGGCUCCUCCAGACAGCGGCGGAGGACGGUGGUGACUCAGACAGAAAGAGUAGUGCGAGACCAAGAGAGCCUUGGAAAGGAAAAUAUGUAAAGAGUAUAGUUUUUGCAGGGCUUGAUGCCAUUAUCACUUGCUUUUCUCUCAUCUCUUCCAUCAAUGCUAGCACUAGAUCCUCUGGGCAUGUGCUGGUUCUUGGAUUCUCAAACCUUGUGGCAGAUGCAAUAUCAAUGGGGUUUGGGGACUCUGUGUCUGCUAGCUCUGAGCAGGAAGUGAUCAUUGAGGAAAGGAAAGUGACAGAAUGGGAUGUCAUCAACCAAAGGAAAAAGGAGCAAUCAGAGUUAGUUAAUCACUAUCAAGCUCUUGGGAUGGACUGCAAUGAUGCAACCAUGGUUGUGAACAUAUUCACAAAGUACAAGGACAUCAUGGUAGACCAGAGAAUGAUGGCAGACAAGGGAGUGCUGCCAGCAGACCAAGAAGUGAAGCCAUGGAAGAAUGGCCUUGUGACCUUUGCAUCCUUCAUGCUCUUUGGCUCAAUUCCAUUGCUCUCCUUCAUUAUCCUCAUACCAUUCACAGACAAUGACUCUAUCAAGUUUGUUAGUGCUUGCCUAGCUUCUGCACUUGCCCUUGCUCUUCUUGGGGUGGCAAAGGCAAGGAUUGCUGGCCAAAACAUGUUGUUCUCUGUGGCUGUCACACUUUUCAGUGGUUCCAUAGCUGCAGCUGCUGCUUAUUUAGUAGGAUGGAUGCUUAAGCAUGUGACAGGAUUAGAGAGUUGAUGAAUAACUAUAGUUGAAUUGAAUGGAUCUGACAACAUUUUUUUUUUUUUGGAUAAAUGUAGUUUUCAUACUGGUACAUAGGUUUAAUAUUUAUAUUUUGGAAUAGUUUAUGAACUUGCUAUUUGUUCAAGCUCUUAGCUAACCUUUCUGAAAAUGUUACUUAUGAUAAGGCAAUAUCUUUAGUCGAAUUUCUGCA